GUGGGGCAAAAGUCACGGCGGAGCGUUUCGCGGCAGCUCUUCAGUGUUUUCUACAGAGUGACAAACAUCACCUCAGUCACCAGGAACUCACAAAACACACAUCGUCUGAAGAUGUCAGCGCCUUUGACUUUCGACGGCAGAGUCGUGCUGGUGACCGGAGCCGGAGGAGGUUUGGGAAGGGAGUAUGCUCUGGCGUUCGGUCAGAGAGGAGCCGCUGUCAUCGUCAAUGAUCUGGGAGGAGAUAUUAAAGGAGGUGGCAGGAGCUCAGCGGCCGCUGAUCAAGUGGUGGAGGAGAUCAGGGCAAAAGGAGGCAAAGCCGUGGCUAACUACGAUUCAGUGGAAGACGGAGAGAAGCUCAUCCAGACCGCGCUGGACACGUUUGGCCGCAUAGAUAUCGUGGUGAAUAACGCUGGGAUCCUGCGGGACCGAUCGUUCUCCAGGACCAGUGACGUGGACUGGGACCUGAUCCAGCGAGUGCACCUGAGAGGCUCGUUCCUCGUCACACGCGCCGCCUGGAACCACAUGAAGAAGCAGAAGUUCGGGAGGGUCAUCAUGACGUCGUCGGCGGCGGGCAUCUACGGAACCGGCCAGGCUAACUACAGCGCGGCCAAGCUGGGUCUGCUGGGGCUGUCCAACACGCUGGCCAUCGAGGGACAGAAGUACAACAUCCACUGCAACACGGUGGCCCCGACCGCUGGCUCCCGGCUGACCGAGACCGUCAUGCCCCCAGAUCUGGUGCAGUCUCUGAAGGCGGAGUACGUGGCUCCUCUGGUCCUCUGGCUCUGUCAUGAAGCGUGUCAGGAGAACGGAGCGCUGUUCGAGGUCGGCGCCGGAUGGAUCGGGAAACUGCGCUGGGAGAGGAGUCUGGGACGCAUCGUGAGGCAGAAGAACCGGAGCAUGACGCCGGAGGACGUUCGAGACUCUUGGAGCCGGAUCUGUGACUUCAGCGACGCCUCCAAACCCAGCAGCAUCCAGGAGUCGCUGCAGACGCUGGUGGAGGUUCUGUCCAGAGUGGAAGAAGAACGUGAGAUCGGAGCCAACCCGACCGGAGCAUCCGCCGAAACAAACCCCUCGGUGGCCGUGGGACAGACGCUGCCGGAGAUGAGCUUCUCUUACACACACAUGAACUGUAUCCUGUACGCUCUGGGAGUGGGGAUGUCCACCAGAGAGUCUGACCACCUCAGGUUCCUGUAUGAAGGUCACCAGGACUUCAGCUGUCUGCCCACCUUCGGAGUGAUUCCUGCCCAGAGCGCCAUGAUGGGCCUCGGCAGCGUCCCGGGCCUCGACAUCGACUUCACCAGGCUGCUGCAUGGAGAGCAGUAUCUGGAGAUGUUCAGACCGAUGCCCACCUCAGGGACUCUGACGUCUCGGGCCGCCGUGGCAGACGUUCUGGACAAAGGCUCAGGGAUGGUCAUCCUGCUGGACGUGCACACGUUCAGCGGCGGUCAGCCCGUGUGUUAUAACCAGUUCUCGGUGUUCGUGGUCGGCUCCGGAGGAUUCGGAGGGAAGCGGGCGUCCCAGAAGAGCGUGGCCACGGCUCCUCUUCCAGACAGAGCUCCAGACGCCGUGAUCGUGGAUCAGACCUCCAGAGAUCAGGCGGCUCUCUACAGACUCAGCGGUGACUGGAACCCGCUCCACAUCGACCCCAGUUUCGCUGCGAUGGGAGGGUUCAAGUCUCCCAUCCUGCACGGCCUGUGUUCGUUGGGCUUCGCCGCUCGACACGUUCUGAAGCAGUACGCCGGAAACGACGUGUCCAGAUUCAAGGCCAUCAAGGUGCGUUUCGCCAAGCCCGUGUAUCCGGGACAGUCUCUGCAGACGGAGAUGUGGAAGGAAGCGAACAGAAUUCACGUCCAGUGUAAGGUCAAGGAGUCGGGAGACGUGGUUCUGUCAGGAGCGUAUAUAGACUUACACUCAGAAGCGUCGGUGGGCCCCGGGCUGCCUCAGCCCGGCGGCGGCCUGCAGAGCGACCUGGUGUUCGCCGAGAUCGAGCGCAGGAUCAGAGACGACGGCGAGCAGCUGGUGAAGAAGGUCAAGGCCGUGUUCGGCUGGGAGAUCAGCAAAGACGGCAGAACCGUCCGAGAGUGGACCAUCGACCUGAAGACGGGCCGAGGAUCUCUCCACAGAGGAGCUUCUGAAGCCGACGUGACCUUCAGCGUCUCAGACGAGGACUUCAUGGAGGUGGUGAUGGGAAAACUCAACCCUCAGAAGGCGUUCUUCGCCGGGAAGCUGAAAGUCAGAGGGAACGUCAUGCUGAGCCAGAAGCUGGAGGCCGUUCUGAAGGACUACGCCAAGCUCUGAAGAUCCAGAUCCAUCCCCGCUGACGAGAGCUCUGGAGAAAAACCCUGUCUUGUUUUCUCGUAUAAAUUCUUGAAUCAAGAUGUAAAAAUGACUGAUAGCUCUUCUUUUCUGAAAACAACAACCACAUCGAGUUCGUUUUUGCUUAAAACAAGUAAAAAUAUCUGCAGAGGGGGCAGGAAAUAAUAAGAUAUUAAUACUAGUGCUGAUUAAUUGCAUUUAAAAUAAGUUUGUUUACAUAAAUACAGAGGUGCAUGUAUAUAUAUAUAUAU